AAGGAAGCAAGGGCCAAGGUGAAGGGGUUGGAGAAGGACUUCACGGUAAUCCUAAUUCCUAACAAGACCACGCCGCUGGGUUCAAGUACACCAUUCUCGCCAGCCGAAAGAUCUUUUAUAGUCACUUCCCCGGAACCCAAAUACUCUGCAGAAUUCGUCUCCGAAACACAAUCUUGGGUCUUUCUAGCCGGUACCAAUCUCUCCUUUGUCAGAUACAUCCAAUGGAAGCACCGACUUUGGAUGUAGGGAAUGUAGGAAUUGGAAGUAUUGUUAACGAUACUGCUGCGGAUAUCGAGGGUUUCAGACAUCAUGUCGACGUGAUUUUUGGGAAGGUUGAUAAGCUUGAGCAGAGAACAAAUGAGAUAGAACAGUUCUACUUAAGCACAAGUAAAAAGCAACUCGGCAUAUCCAAAGGUAGCUCGAUAGUGAAGGACAAAGAUAAGGAUAAACAUAUUCCAAGUAUUAAGAAGCAGCAGCAAGAUGCAUCACGUCGGGAAGCAGCUGCUGCAAAAAGAAUGCAAGAGCUCAUCCGUCAAUUUGGCACAAUAUUGCGCCAGAUCAUGCAACACAAGUGGGCAUGGCCUUUUUUGGAACCUGUAGAUGUAGAAGGUCUUAACCUACAUGACUACUAUGAGGUAAUUGACAAACCCAUGGAUUUCAGUACGAUAAAAAAUCAAAUGGAGGCCAAGGAUGGUACGGGAUAUAAGAAUGUUCGGGAAAUAUGUGCUGACAUGAGGUUGGUUUUCAAGAAUGCAAUGAAAUAUAAUGAUGAUAAAAGUGAUGUUCAUGUUAUGGCCAAAACUUUACUGGAAAAAUUUGAGGAGAAGUGGCUGCAACUUCUACCUAAAGUUACUGAAGAGGAAAAAAGACAAGAAGAGGAGGAAGCAGAGGCACAGUUGGAUAUGCAGCUUGCUCAGGAGGCUGCUCAUGCCAAAAUGGCUAGAGAUACAAGUAACGAGCUAUAUGAGCUUGACGUGCAACUGGAAGAUCUCCGAGAGAUGGUUGUUCAAAAGUGCAGAAAAACUUCUACUGAAGAGAAGAGAAAGCUUGGGGCAGCACUUACCAAAUUAUCUCCUGAAGAUCUAACCAAGGCAUUGGAGAUUGUUGCUCAAAAUAAUCCAUGCUUCCAAGCAACUGCUGAAGAGGUGGACCUGGACAUUGACGCUCAGAGUGAAUCCACGCUAUGGAGGUUGAAGGUUUUUGUGAAGGAUGCUUUGGAAGUUCAAGGCAAGAGUUCUGCAAUUGCAGGUGGCGUUAACAACAACAACAGCAAUGACAACAACAACAACAUCAGUAACAAUAAACGGAAAAGAGAGAUUUGUGAUGCUAUUGCGAAAUCUGCCAAGAAAAAGAAGUAAAAUGGCAUCAAUCAUAACAAUGUCUUGCAGUUGGAGAGUGCAGUUGGAUUGUAUAUUUGGCCACGUUUCUUGUGAACCAUUAAAGACAUUCGCGGGGGUCCAAUUCUCAACGGGCAGAGAACCCUUCCGAUGGAUUCUAAUGAGAAAAUGGCGAGGCCAUGGAUGCAGUCUUCAUCAAUAUCUCUAGUUUGAAGUCGUGUGCUGCCUUGUGAAUCUUCUUCAUUUGGUGCUCUGCCAGUGUAACAUAUGCAAUGAUCUGUAAACAAUGUCUUGUAUUGGGUUCUUCUUGUAGUCAGUAUUUUAGACAAUUUAAUUUUUUGUCAGUAAAUGCUAUUAAUAUAGUGCCAAGAAUUUUU